AUGCGGGGAAUAGCUACACGCGCUGCCUUCGCGGCAGUCCUUUGCGCGACCUUCGCGCUCGCCCAUGGCGACGACGAGUCGAUGGAUAUGGAUAUGCACAUGGACAAAGCCGUGAACAUGAACACACCACAGCCCUCGGUCUCUCCGCAACCAAGCGCCGAGGGCCCGAUGAGCUAUUUUGCCCACGGAAAACACCAGAACACCAUCCUGGCGCACGUAGGGCUGAUGGUUGCGGCUUGGUGCUUUGUCCUUCCUGCAGCGGUCAUGCUUAGCAUCGCACGCUCGCGAUUCGCACUCCCGUCGCAAUUCCUGUUCAGUCUUUGCAAUGCGUUCGGCCUGCUUCUCGGCAUCAUUUACAACAGCCAAACCCCCGAUCUGUACGAGAACAACGCCCACCACAAGAUUGGCUGGGUCGCGACGUGGGUUGUGAGCGUGCAGCUCGUACUCGGAAUGAUCUUCACCUACGCUGGUCGCGGCGAGCCCAAGACGAAAUCGAGUUCCUUCGAGCGCGCCGCAUUUCUGCCCGUCGCUACCGAGGACCAUGAACAUGUCUUCCCAACCGGCCCAAUGCACAAUUACCGCUGGUCUCGCGAUAGCGGUCAAGGCACCGAGCCUGACUCGCCUAACCAUAGCCCUUCGUCGCCAUCCUGCGAGCCGGAGGAUUAUGACGGAUUCGAGAAGCCCGAGGAGGACCUCCCACGAUCAGCGGACUCGCGCGGCUGGCUCCAGAGUACCUUUGUUGACCGUUUUCUGUCGAACCGCGUGCCUGGCAUGGUUUCAAACCGCGUCUUGCGCAUUUUCCAUUUCGUCUACAAGGUGAUUGACCGGAUUGUUCUGCCAUUUGGCUUCAUCGCCAUUGCAACUGGCGCAGUCACAUAUGGCGGUAUUAUGCGGAAGAGAGAGAUCUUCAAUGGUCUGGCGCACUUCAUCAAGGGCGGAAUCUUCUUCUGGUAUGGCAUUCUCACUCUCGGCCGGUAUGUUGGAUGCUGGGCAGACCUGGGUUGGGCCUGGAACCGAAAGCCCUCGGCAUCCAUAGUCGGAAGCUGGAAGUCCAAGGUGCCAUCGGGAGAAUUCACCGAGUCCUUCGUUAUCUUCUUCUACGGAAUUACCAAUGUGUUCCUGGAACACCUGUCCAACUGGGGGCAAGCCUGGUCUGCUACGGAUCUUGAGCACGUCUCUAUCUCCAUCCUAUUCUUCGGUGGUGGACUGGCUGGUAUGCUCUUCGAGUCCAAGCGUAUCCGCGAAGCGCUUAACAACACUAUCCUCCGAUACCCUGGACACGGCACACGCGAUGAGGGCUGGCAACUUCCCAAGUCGCAAGGCGUGUCGCUCAACCCAAUGCCCGCUUUGAUUAUCAUGCUGCUGGGUAUGAUGAUGGGCUCGCAUCACCAGACCAGUAUGACCUCGACGAUGGUGCACAAGCAGUGGGGUAACAUGCUGGUUGGCUUUGCGUUGGCCCGUGGAGUGACGUAUAUCCUACUGUUCCUCCGCCCGCCCACCUCAUACCUGCCUGCCCGUCCGCCAUCGGAGAUUGUCGCCGCCUUCUGCCUGAUGUCUGGAGGCCUCAUUUUCAUGUUGAGCACUCGUAAUGUCAUCGAGGCUAUGGAGUACUACGAGCUCGACGCAAUGUUCACUUUCACAGUGGGCCUGGGCUUUACGGCUUUCAUCAUGGCACUGGAAAUCCUUGCCAUUGCGCUCAAGGCAUGGGCAGUGAAGCGCGAGCACCCUCCGCAGCUGACCUACCAAUUUCCUUGA